GGUCUAAGUAGACUUGCACUCUGCUGUGAAGGGCAGACUUCACUUGUAGAGAAACUUAUCAAGCAGAUAUUACGUCAAUAUAAGGCGCUUCGGAUCUAUGGAAGUUGUGGCGGUGCAUUGAGGCUAAUUCGUCACGCCGCGUAAACGUCUCUGCAGCUAAACCCUCUCAGUCGUUGUUACCGGGGCUGCAGGCUGGGGCCACUGGGCCAACAUUUUGGCAAGCAUGGCCUGUCGGUACCUUGGCCACUCUUCACAGCCUCACCUAAUUGACGACAACUUCCUUGGGCCCGUCCUGUCUUUUGCGUAAUAACACGGACUGAGCCUCAUUCGCUUGAUAUAUAUUCCAUAAGCCUACUCGCGCACGACAAUGAUCGAGCUCCUACCUUGAAAACACAUAUACUUAUCUCCUGGGUGCCCACUGGAAUUUCACCUCAGAAUGUCCCUGCACCUGUCGCAUAUCCGCAACUGGUUUCUACAAUCACCUCCAGCAGAAUGGGCCUUGCACCGCAUACGCGAGCUACUUAUAGGAGCUUUAAGACAAGGACCUAUACCUCAGCAUGUCGCUUUUGUCAUGGACGGAAAUAGGCGGUUUGCCAAAACACAUCAUAUAGAGACUGUCGAAGGGCAUAAUUUGGGCUUUGAAGCUUUGGCAAAGGUCCUCGAAGUAUGCUACAAAUCCGGUGUCAAGGUGGUCACCAUUUACGCAUUCUCGAUCGAGAACUUCAACCGUUCCAAAUACGAAGUGGAUGCGCUCAUGGAGAUGGCCAGAGUCAAGCUCGUGCAGCUUGCGCAACACGGCGAUCUUCUAGAUCGCUACGGUGCCUGUGUGCGCGUUCUUGGUCAGCGUGACCUCGUCAAGCCUGAUGUCCUCGAAGCUAUCGACAGAGCCGUUGCCAUGACCUCUCACAAUACCAAAGCCGUCUUAAAUGUCUGCUUCCCUUACACUUCGCGCAACGAGAUCACCACAGCAAUCCGCGAUACCGUGGUCAGCUAUAACAAGCCCACCCGCCCGACCUUGAAACGCCCCUUUUCAGAAACACAUAUCACGCGCAACAUUCGUGCCGCGCAGCUGUCUACUGUGGUGGAAGAGUCGCCAAGUCCAGAACCUCAAGAUGUGUCUCGCACACAAUCGCCACUCGAGGAAAGUGACAAGGACAACGAGCACGACUCGAUUGCUUCAUCCAGCACACUCAAUGUGUCUACGACCUCCACUAAUCCCAGCGCGACACAUAAGCACCGCGACUCUCUCCCAGACCCAGAGUCCAUUGAUGUCUCAAUACUUGAUUCGCACAUGUUCACUGCGGACAACCCACCGCUAGACCUACUGGUACGCACGUCAGGCGUGGAACGUCUAAGCGAUUUCAUGCUCUGGCAGUGCCACGAGAACACGACAAUUGUCUUUCUGAGUUGUCUAUGGCCCGAAUUCGAUUUGUGGUACUUUCUGCCUGUGUUACUCGAGUGGCAAUGGAACCAAAAGAAGCACGAGGAAGCAGGGAGGGGACGACAGAGGAUUAAAUCAGGGUGAGGCGGUUCUAGAGUUUGAGCUAUGCGCAUUAAUUAUAGGAGCGAGCAUGCAAACAGUUUUCCUACUUAUACCAGACUCCGGCUGGACCGGUCGGAGUAACGUCGAACGGAAGCGAAUUGGAGUUUUGCGAGUUGCAGCAUGUGGGCUAACGGCGUUCAAGGCAAGGCUCAGCGGGAUAGACCAUAGAAAAUAAUCAUAACCACAGCUCACCCUCAGCCUGGUCAUUAUUGCCGUGAUUG